AUGGCGGCGCCCAUAAUUGUAAUUGGACUCUUGGCUGUCGGAGUUCGUUUUCUACUGCUGCGAUCGUCUGUUGCUGAGUGGUUGUCGAAUCGAGUAGAGAUAGUAACACCAAUUACAUCCUGGGACGGAGUCACUGAAGGUCUUUCAUUAUUUGAAAAUGGUAUUUCACCGUACUCUGGGGAUGUGUUUCAUGAGACACCACUGGCUCUUCUGAUGUUCCACUAUAUGAAAAACAUUUCUUAUGACAGACAAAUAUCUAUGAGAAAGAAAAUUGCUAAAGAUGCUAACACUAUAUUGAUAAAGUUUUCUAAUUUGUGUGAAAUUCCUGAUCAAGUAGCUGCCUUGUAUUUAUUAAACCCUUACACCAUAGCAACCUGUGUUGCUAAAUCAACAAUCUUGCUCAAUAAUUUAGCCAUCACUAUAGCAAUACUGUAUACAUUAAAAGGAAAUAGAGCAAUAUCAACAUUAGCCAUUGCCAUAGCAACAUAUCAAUCACUUUACCCUGCUAUGUUAAUUGCACCAUGUGCAGUGUUUCUAGCACAGAAGGAUAAGUUGGAUAUUGAUUACAAAUCUCCCAAAAUUAUGGUUUCCAUAGCAAAAACUAUAUGUGUAUUUGUUGUCUGGCUGGCAUGGUUACUACUGUUAUCCUAUUUAAUGUUUUCAUCAGCUGAUUUCCUGUAUUCAACAUAUGGUUUUAUACUCUCAGUUCCAAAUCUUAGACCUAAUAUGGGAGUGUUUUGGUAUUUCUUUACGGAAAUGUUUGAACAUUUUCGGGUGUUUUUCCUGUUUGUAUUUCAAAUCAAUGUAUUCAUCUACACUGUACCAUUGCUCGUAAAACUCAAAAAUCAUCCAUUACUUGUAAUGUAUUUACAAUGUGCCUUAAUUGCAAUAUUCAAAUCAUAUCCAUCAUUUGGUGAUACCGUAAUAUAUUUGGCAUUACUACCAGUUUGGUCACACGUAUUCACAUAUCUGAAGAACAGUCUUGUAGUAGGUGUAAUGUAUGUUGUAUCAUCAGUCUUGGCAUUUGUAGUGUGGCAUCUAUGGAUCUAUUCUGGUAGCGCUAAUGCAAACUUUUUCUUUGCAAUGACGUUGGUUUAUACAACAGCUCAGAUCUUCUUGGUAACAGAUCUUCUUUAUGCAUUUUUGAGACAUGAGUAUGAUUUAACACAUGGUGUGAAGCAAAUUGGUCCAGAUGGGAAACCCCUCACAAUUUUACUGGAGUGAUGAAGAGACCUAAUAUAUUUAUUAUAAUAUGUAAUUUUUGUUUUCUUUUAUUUUCAAUGAGUAGUAUUAUUAGACUUUUCAUAUGGCAGUUUUUGUUUAAAAAUUUGCUAUGUAAAUAUGUAGAGCAGUCAACAAUUAAAAUAGAUUUUUCAGUUUGUGUUACCACUACAUUAUGCUGCAUUUCAAGAUA